AUGCCGGACACUGAGGGUAUUCCACGGAUCUCGGGAUUAAAACCCCCGGAAAACUUGUCAAAUUUGACGACAGAAGGGUUUAAACGUUGGAAGCAGAAAUUUGAAAUAUAUCGUAUAGCCUCGGGAACAGAUAAGAUGUCAGGAGAAGUACAAGUGGCCAUUUUGUUACACAGUAUAGGAGAGGCAUACCUGGAUGUAUAUAACACAUUCAAUUUGACGAGUGAACAGCAAAAGAAUUACAGCGUGGUGAUAAAUAAGUUUGAGGAGUAUUUUGUGCCAGUAAAAAAUGAAAGUGUGUGCUCACACAUUUUUUUUACGAGAAAUCAACAAGUUGGAGAAACAUAUGAUGCAUAUAUAACAGAACUGAAAAAGUUAAGUGCAGAUUGUAACUUUGGUGAUCUCAGAGAUCGGCUGAUAAGAGAUAGAAUUGUUGCUGGCAUAAGUGACAGAAGACUGAAAGAUAGGCUUCUUAGAGAAUCGGACUUAACUCUGACAAAAACGAUCCAGUUAUGCAAGACGGCGGAACUAGCAGAACAGCAGGUAAAGCAGAUGGAACCUACAGCAGAGGUCUCUGUGGUAAAGAAGAAAUCGGUGAAGCAGAGACAACCGUUUGCAGCAACAUCGGUGGUUAAGGAGAAGGCGAAACGACAAGCAGGAGAGGAAAGGUCAACGCGUGAAGGAGUGCAAGAAGAUCAAGAAACAUGCCAGCGGUGUGGAUACAGUCACAAAUAUAGAAACUGUCCAGCGUACUGCAGAAUAUGUAAGAAAUGCGGCAAGAUAGGACAUUUUUAUAAAAUGUGUAAACAAGAGAAAGAGGUAAAAUUUGUUGAUACUAAUAAGAGCGAAACGGAGAGCGAUGAGGAGGUUAUGAUUGAGGUAAUAAGUGUAGACAUGGUAGAUGCGAGAAAAGAAUGGGUACAACAAGUGAAGUUUGUAGACUAUAAUGAUAAAAAAGUAGUAUUUAAAAUUGACACAGGCGCGAAAUGUAAUGUAAUUUCAAAAAAUGUGUGUCGAAAAUUGGGUAUAAAGCAGAUAAAAAAAUCUAAUUUAAAGUUAGUAAAUUAUACAGGAACUAAAAUUGAAACACUUGGUAAAAUAAAAUUAAGGUGCAAAACUCAUAAUAAGAUCAAAAGUGUAGAGUUUCAAGUUACGGAUGAUACAUUAGCUCCAAUAUUAGGACUAGAGACUGCUUGUGAAUUUGAUUUAAUAAAAAGGGUUGAAGGUUCAAAGGAGGAAAGUGUAGCUGUGAUUGACAAAAGGAACACCGAUAAUUUCACACAUAAAUAUAAAGAUGUUUUUCACGGGGUAGGAAGAAUUAAAGAUUUUCAGUAUAAAAUUGAAUUGAAAGAAGGCAGUGUAGGGAAAAUUGAGCCAUGUAGACAUGUUCCAUUUAAAUUGAUGAAUAAAUUAAAGAAAGAACUAGUAGAGAUGGAAAAAAAGGGAUAA